UCUUCCCUUCGUAUGAGAGAACCCCUUCUUCUUUCCUUCGUCUGAGAGAACAAAAUCCGCCGUGGGACCCUAGCCCUUUGCUCCCUUCUUCUCCAUUUCCGUUUUCAGCGGCCGGCGACCAAGGGCGAGCAUCAAUACCCCUGCUCCCUUCUUCUUCUCCGUUUCUCUUCCCAUCGCUUGUUGAAAACCCAAUUGAGGGAGAUUGCAGUGGUGGGAGGGCGAUUGCGGCGGCGAGAGGGCAACAUCUCCCUUCUUCUGCUCCUUCGUUUGGCCAGCUUCUACUCUUCUAUGUAAGUAUUUUCUGAGUGAAAUGGAUGCAUAACUCACUCUCUCUCUCUCUCUCUCUUUCUCUCCUUUGUAAUUUUUUCGUCCAUCACUGUUAAACAAAGCAAUCAAAUUGGGGAUUAGGGACAGGUUGACAUUGCAUUACGGGCGUUUUAAUUGCUUCUAUUCUUCCCUCGUUUGGCCUUUACUUCAAUUCUUUUUAGUCAUUCAGAGCAGCAUUCAUCUGGGUUCCUUUCUUCCUCUCUUUCUUCUCUUCUCUCUCUGCUUUUGAUCUUGGGUACCCUUUUUUCUGUUCUGCCAUAUCCCUUUUCUCUCUUAGUUUCGUGUCUCUCUUUGGAGAUCCAUGGAGGAGAAUCGGUUGUUUCAGUGGACCGUGUUUCAGGGUCUUCUCGCCAUUCUUCAAUGGUGUGGCUUCAAUGUUACAGUGAUUAUCAUGAACAAAUGGAUCUUCCAAGUAUGCAUCUGUGUUCCGAUAUUGAAUAAUCUGCAGCUUUUUUAGUUCUCUUCAAUUGUACUCUUAUUUUUUGUUUGAUUUUAUUUGAGUGGGUUUUAAUUUUUAAUCUGAUGGCUAAAUUUAGAUUUCUAAUGUUGUUAAUUGUCUCAACCCCCAGCCCCCAAAAAAUAACGGUGUUAAUUGUCAGAAAAUCCUGCACUGCACUUCAAUUGCUUUCUCCCAUCAUUUCGAUGAGCUGAAAUGGGUUCUGGGUUGGUAUGAGAUGGAGUAUGGACAAUUACAGGAUAUAGUUGAAUGAUAGAACAAUUACGGGAUACAGUACCAAUCAUUAAUCUACUUUGUUCCUUUUAGUGGUUUUCAUCUUAAUUAGCUAACAAAUUUAGUUUUACUUUGCUUUACUUCAUUGCAGCUCAUUUACAAUAAGAAUUGAAGAACUGGUCAGGUCUCAGCAGUAGCCUAUUUUUUGCUCCGAAGUUAUUUUUUUAUUUAUUUUUUUGGGUGUCCAGAAGUAUAAGAGGGUCUAAUUCAAAAAAACUAGAAAAGAGUGAUUAUUUUGGAUGAUUUCUUGAACUGAUGCCAAUUUACCAAUAGAUCUCAACUAGUACUUACAAUUCCAAUUUGGUAGCAACAUUUUAUAUCAUUAUUAGUUAAUUAAGAUGAAAACCGCUAAAAGGAACAACACUAUUGGGUACCCUAGUGAAAGGACAUUAGAGGGGAAUCUUAUGUGUUUGAUGCAGAGUGUAUGAACAAAACAUUGAUUGUUAAGAAUAAGAAUAUAGCAUUGAAAAGGCAUGAUAGCAUACUUUUGAAUAUAAAUCUAGAAGAAUGAGAAAGAUUUCAAAUUGGAAAGCUAGAUUGGGUUUAAGUGUUCAUGAAAGCAUGGGAGAUUAGAAUUUAGUUGCAAACAAUUAGUUUUAGUUCAUUCUUAAUACCAGAAUAAGCCUGUAUUUUUUGCUCCCAGAUUUUGAUAGAGCAGCCGUAUUAAACACAUAUCGUAUCAUUGUCGUAUUCGUUUUAUUAUGCCAGAUUUUUGAAAAGUAUUAUUGUUGCACUGUCCAUUUAGGUGCUGUUUGAUAACACUCUGGGAGAAUGCUUUUGGUGUUCUUCUAUUCUGUGGGAAUACAAAUAAAACAAAAAUACGUUUGGCACGUCUGGUUCAUUUUUGUAUUCCCACGGAAUGAGCUAGGAAAAAAGAAUGACUAGAGAAUAAAUUGCAAUAAUACAAAAAAGUUAAUUUCUCUAAUCUUCUACUAACUUAAAAGAACAAAAACCCUGCAAAACCCAUUACCUUUUUCCAACUACUCCCGAUAAAAAAUACCCAAAUCCCCGCUUCCCUUGCAAGAACCCAGAAAAGGGGUCUCAACCUCAAGAUCGUGAUUCAUCUUCUUUCAAGGGUUCUCCUGCAACAGGUAUUGUCUCUCUCCGUUUCAAAACCAGUCAGUGUCUCCCUGUUUCAAAAUCAGUUUGUUUCAAAACAAAUCGGUGUUUAGGGCAGUCUUGGUUUACUCUUCUAUGGAGCUCUCUCUUUCUUCUUUCUUCCUGAUGAAACUGUAAUUUUUUGUUUUUUGUUUUUUUGGGAUAGAUCAUUCAACUGAAUUUAACUAUACAAGUAUUUCAAUUUAAAAAAGAAAUAAGGAGAAAAAGGAAAUUGUGAUGUAUGGUAUUAAGAAAUAUCUAGGAAUCUGUAAAAAAAAAAAAAAAAAAAAAAAAAAACUAGAGUUUAGCAUUGAACAGAGUAGGGCUGGGUGUGGUGUCUCUCUGUUUCAAAACCAGUACAUUUCUCUCUGUUAUGUUGUUUUUAGUUAUUUUGCUAUCUGAAGAUGCUUAUCCCUGCUUAAAUAUGAUGGCCUAAAGCCAAGUGUAUCUCAGUUUUACAUUAUUAAUACCUAUGACCAAACUAAUGCUUGAAAUGAAGUCUCACAAUGAUACUGGAUAAAUUUAGAAGAAGAUGGAACCAUCUAUCUGAUAUAGAAGGUUAGAGAACAUUUUGCAAAGUGAUUUAGGUUCUUACACUCGUUAACUUUGCAAAGUCAUUGAUGCCUUCAAUCUUAGUUUGACAGGUUACAUUUACAAAUAAAUAAGAUCAAAUGCUUAAAUAGAUGGGCAGAAAAUGCAUCAACAUAAACAAACAUGGAUCUGCCAAUUGCUGUCAAUAAAGAUAUGAAACCGAUUUGCAUUUGUUUCUUUGAUGAUGGCUCUGAAUGAGGAUCAUCAGCCUGUCAAAAGAAAAUUAUACCACUUGUCAAAUUAGUAAAAUAAAAUAAACCCUUCCAUGACUUCCACACCAAUCUAAAACCAAGUCAACUUUGGGAAUUCAGCCAGCCCUUAUAUUAUUCAACUCUUCAAAAGCCACAUGUAACACACGACUUAUUUCAUCUCUUUAUGUUCAAGAAAACAGGUUUUACAUCCCAUGUUGAAGAGCAUUAGUUAGUUACAUUCCACUCUCAUAUAAUUAACACUUAGUUUGUUUGAGCUUUGAGGUGAAUACAUGUGCAAAUUUUACUUUAAACCUGUGAAUGCAUGUGCAAAUUUUACUUUGAACCUCUGAAUACAUGGACAAUCUAGGUAUCUUUCUUAUCAUGAGAUGUUCUGUUUAAGAUGUGUCCAGGAUUGUGUUUGAAGAGAAAAUCAUAUUUACAUGAAGUUCUCAUUUCGAUUACUUUGCUUUCUAUACCUUUAGUGAAUGUUAGAGUAAUGACAUCAAAUUUGAGAGCUAAUAAUGAAGCCGCAAAAUGGACUCAAAGAGAACAGGAUUACCUUCUGAUUUUAUUAUUCAAAAGUGUCUGUCAAACGCUGUUUCUGUUCUUUUCCUGUUCUAAGGACAUUUUUGGAAUAGUUUUACCAAACGUUGUCUCUAUUCCGCUAGAGUGUUCUCACAGCAUGGAAUCGAAAAAGAACAUUUUUGUAAAAGAACACUCUCCAGGAAUAGAAGUGUUGUCAAACGGCUCCUUAAUUGCUGUCGUAUCCGUUCCCAUAUUAUGUCCAUUCCCGAACUUGCUAUGGAUUUGACUCGCUUGAUUCACCAAAUUUUGAAGAAGGCAAGUCUGAGUAAAAAAAUCUUGUUUUCCAACUAUUCGCAAAACUCCUUUCCUUCCAAACCCCAAACCCUCGUGAGGUGAGGGGUUUUGCAGUAGAGCCCAGCGACACCACCGCUGCAACUGAAGGAGAACUUCCAGGUAUCACUCUCUUCUUCUUCUUCUCCUCUCUCUCUCUCUCUCUCUCUCUCUCCCCCUCUGUGUGUGUGUGUGUGUGUGUUUAAAUUUCACUAUAUGUCGCUCAAUCUUUCUUGGUUUGCUUUGAUCUGUGUAAGUGUUCUAUAGAUACUCUUUCUAUUUGAUGGGUUGAUGAGAUUUAUUCCCUUUCUUUUUUUCUUUAAAUAUUUGUUUUCCCCCUGAUUUCUGCUUGUGUUUUGAUGUGUGAUGAGGUCCGAAGGGAUAGACCUACGAAUGGUUUUUCAGCCAGUCCAUAAGGUCCAUAAAACGCAUAUGAGCCCCAUGCUUGAAGCACACUCCAUCUGCAGAAAAGUAGAGAAACUUCAAUAUAUUUCUUCUUGUGGUUAGGUAAAUGAGAUUUCUAAAGCUUUAGACAUUCUGUAGAGGCAUAAUUGAAGCAUAUUCUUCAUCUAGUAGAGUCUGUCUAUGAAAUUACAGGCCCUGGCCAGCAAACUCUUAUUCUGCAAUUCCCAAGGUCAAAAUAUGUUAGGAAGGAAAAUUCGAAAUAUCACAGACUAUCAUGAGAUAAUUUUGCAAAACUUCUUGAAUCUUAUGGGUAAAAAUACUGUUAACCACCCCACUGCCGCAUUCUCAACUGGGUCUGCCAAUGCAAUCAAUUACUUACAGUUGCCAAAGAAGCUUAGGAAAUCAGAAAGAAAGCCACUGGUGACAAGUGUCACUGAGCUCAAGCGUAAAGCGAGAAGGGAAAGGAAGAUGAGGCAGCAAGUGCAUGAGAUUACUCUCCAAGCCCCUGAAAAUGGUAUGUUAGUUAAGAGCUUAGUACCAGUUGCUCACAAAGUCUAUGCCGCCAGAACCAUGCUUUUCAAUUGUGUUUCAAGACUUGUAAACAGCAUUCCUAUUUAUACAUGCAGCUUGUGUGGAGAAGUUAAUGUUGGGUGUGUGGUACAUAAGAUUAGAUCCUGCAAUGUUGCUGGGAGCCCAUCUACCAAAGAGCACAGCUGGGAAAGAGGUGGUGUGAAAGACAUUUUGCCCAUUGUUGAAUGUUUCCAUCUAUAUGAUAGGGUGGGAAGAGCUGUGUCACAUAAAGAGCGGUUCCAAGUUGAUCGAAUUCCAGCUGUGGUAGAACUGUGCGUGCAGGCAGGCGUAGACAUCCCAGAGUACCCAACAAGAAGGCGGGCUUUCCCUGUUUAUAAUGUUGCUGGAAGGAUGAUAGAUUUUGAGCAGAGGUUCCCAAAGGAUGAUUUGUCCGGUAAAGACAUUGAAGCAUUUGGAUUUUGGAAGAAAAAAGAGAAUCCGGGCAGGAAUAAGAAGUCUUUGGACUUUCCAGAUGAUCUACGAGGAUUAGCUGCACGAGGCAUGGAAGCAUGGGAGAAUAUGCGGUCAGGAGCCUUAAAACUCAUGCAGAAAUAUGCUGUACAAACAUGUGGCUAUUGUCCUGAGGUUCAGGUGGGGCCCAAGGGACACAGGGUGAGGCAAUGUCAAGCAUUUAAGCACCAGAUGAGAGAUGGGCAGCAUGCAUGGCAGGAGGCAACGUUUGAUGAUUUUGUACCUCCAGUUUAUGUGUGGCAUGUUCAACAGGAACAGAGUGGUAGGCCACUCGUGGAUGGCUUGAAGAGGUAUUAUGGAAAGUUGCCUGCUGCAGUGGAGUUGUUUUCACAGGCUGGGGCACAUGUGGGAGAAGCUUAUGCAUCUGUGAUGAGAGAAGAUGUUGUUGUUCCUGGGUUAGAUGAAGAGAAGUGGGUUGUGUGAAUCCUCUUCAUUGCAAGAUCAGGUGCAUUUUGGUUGAAAAGGAUUAUGGACAUGAUGCUGCAGUGUGUGGAGGUUGUGAUUCUGGCUGUGCAUGUUUGAAGAAAGAAUAGAUGCACUGUGAAGAAAGAAUAGAUGCACUGUAUGGGUACAUGAGCUGAUAUUGAUUACAUUCACUUGGGGUAUUGGAGGAUUGAGAGAGGCGAUUGUGAAGAUUGGAUUCAAUCCCAGAUCUUGGCUAUUAGAAGCCGAAAACUCACCAGCUGAGCUAGCUGCCGAAGAGUACAAUCGUCCAUCGGUUAUGAGAAUUUGGAGUUGUACACAUUAAUCUCAAAUCUCAUACUCCUUGAAACAAUACGUGAAUGUUUCUAAAGUGAGUAAUGACUGCAGAAACGAAGAAUGUGAGAUUUAUAGAAAAGCUGGGAAGAGUAUGGCAUCUAAUGCAUGCAAUUUGCCAUGGUCACCACUACUGAUUCUUGACAGGUCAAACUGAUAAACAGUUAAAGAGGGGUCUGAAGCAGCCACAGAGCCAACAGUGUAUACUCAGAAAUGUAGAGUGUAGACAGUUCUUUUUUUUUUUUUUUUGAUUAAAAGAGUUUAUUACUGAGAAAACACAGCCCCAGAUACAUCAGCAAAGAGUAAAAGGGAGGCAGAAGGGGGGUGGAUUUGAAUCAAAGAACUGAAGUGGGUCUUGAGCUGCAGCCGCAGAGGUCGCCAAGUGAUCUGCAACACAGUUUCCUUGCCGAAGAGUAUGGUGGAACUGGACUGUCUAGUCAACACUCAUGGAGGAGUUAGCUAUUAACAAUAUUAAUUCAUAACAAAUUUAAAAUUUUGCCUUUGAUAAGCAUUCAGAUAAGAGAAAGAAACCUAUAGUAUACAUGUAAAGCUUUUCCUUUUCUUGGAUAUAUGUAUGUAGAGAGUAGAUCUUGCUCUAUUAAUUACCAAUUCAGUGGGAUAGUGGUUGUUGUAGAAUUGAAUAUAAUAAUGUUUUAUUUUGUUACUUAGUAAAUUUUAUAUCAAUUGAAACUUUCUCUUGCC